GGAGGCAGUGGGGGUCCCGGUUCCAUGCCCCCUUGGCCGGCCUGGGACUGGUCGCCCAGCCGGCAUAGAGGGGUUACGCUCGCCCCACAGCACUGAGGUGUCGCGGGGAAAAAGAAAUCUCACAGACCCUUUUCCGUGUCCGGCCAGGGCCUGCUACUUCCCGGCCUACCCUCCGGUGUGGUACCUACAGCCUCAGUGCCGGCAACAGCCGUUCCUUUUCUGUUUCUGCUAAGCUCCGAGCUGGGACAGCGGGCGGCGCAGGCCACGCGGGGAGGAGAGAGCGCCGGCUCUUUUUUUCCUCAUUCUGGGUGCCGUGCCCUACGUUAUGGGGACUGGCGGGUAGAUUCCAAUCUCGGAGUCGGGGAAGCCUCAUUGAACUGGGAGUCGUUGCGCGAGAGUGGAUUGGAGACUUCCUGCUGUCUCAGUCAGCUUUGGGCGGGUGCUGCGGUGGUCACCGCUUGGUCUUUCAUGGACUAGAGGUGGGAGAAGGGAGUCGGAUAUGGUUUUCGGAAUCAUACCGGGAGCAGCUUUUCUGCUUAAGCCAAAAGCGUGCCCCGCUCUUCGGCUGUGGUCCUUAACCAUCAAUCUUGAGCUUAAAAUCAAGAUACUCUCAUCCUUUUCUCCAAACAAUGAGUUACAAGGCACUAAUAGUUCUGGAUCGUUGGGUGGUCUUGAUGUACGAAGACGAAUUCCUAUAAAGCUCAUCUCCAAACAAGGGAACAAAGCCAAAGCUUCACCUCGAACUCCAAGGACUAUAAACAGGAUGCCUGCAAAGGCUCCACCUGGUGAUGAAGAAGGAUUUGAUUAUAAUGAAGAAGAACGGUAUGACUGUAAAGGGGGUGAACUGUUUGGAAAUCAGCGAAGAUUUCCAGGACACCUUUUUUGGGACUUUCAGAUAAACAUCUUGGGUGAAAAGGAUGAUACACCAGUUCAUUUCUGUGAUAAAUGUGGAUUGCCUAUUAAAAUCUAUGGGCGAAUGAUUCCAUGCAAGCAUGUUUUUUGCUAUGACUGUGCUAUUUUACAUGAAAAAAAGGGGGAUAAGAUGUGUCCAGGCUGUAGCGAUCCUGUGCAGCGAAUUGAACAGUGUACACGAGGUUCUCUCUUCAUGUGUAGCAUUGUUCAAGGGUGCAAGAGAACAUACUUGUCUCAGAGAGACUUACAGGCUCAUAUCAACCACCGCCAUAUGAGAGCUGGAAAACCUGUUACCCGGGCUUCACUUGAAAAUGUUCAUCCUCCUAUUGCCCCACCACCAGCCGAAAUCCCUGAUCGUUUUAUAAUGCCGCCAGACAAGCACCACAUGAGCCAUAUUCCGCCAAAGCAGCACAUCAUGAUGCCACCACCUCCUUUGCAACACGUGCCCCACGAGCACUAUAAUCAGCCCCACGAGGAUAUUCGUGCUCCUCCAGCAGAAUUGUCCAUGGCUCCACCUCCUCCUCGUUCGGUCAGUCAGGAAACCUUUCGUAUUUCAACAAGAAAACACAGCAAUUUAAUAACUGUCCCUAUUCAGGAUGACUCAAAUUCAGGUGCUAGAGAACCUCCACCUCCUGCCCCAGCACCUGCUCACCAUCAUCCUGAAUAUCAGGGUCAACCAGUGGUAUCUCACCCUCAUCAUAUUAUGCCUCCACAGCAACAUUAUGCACCACCCCCACCUCCUCCACCACCAAUAAGCCAUCCAAUGCCACAUCCUCCCCAGGCCGCAGGUACUCCUCACUUGGUCUAUAGCCAAGCUCCACCUCCACCAAUGACCUCUGCUCCACCACCAAUAACCCCUCCCCCUGGACAUAUUAUUGCCCAGAUGCCACCUUAUAUGAAUCAUCCUCCUCCAGGACCUCCCCCACCUCAACAUGGUGGUCCGCCUGUAACUGCACCCCCUCCUCACCAUUAUAAUCCUAACUCUUUACCCCAGUUCACUGAAGAUCAAGGAACGCUGAGCCCUCCAUUUACACAACCAGGGGGAAUGAGUCCUGGUAUAUGGCCUGCACCAAGAGGGCCACCUCCUCCUCCACGAAUGCAGGGUCCGCCUUCUCAAACCCCACUUCCGGGACCACAUCAUCCAGAUCAGACAAGAUAUAGACCGUAUUACCAAUGAUAAUAGUAUUUUGAACUGAAGAUAUGAUGAGGAAACAAAACUUAUGUAUAUGUAUAGUCAAUCUUUUAAUUGAGUUUUGACUGGGGAAGGAAAAGCACCUCUUGCUGAGGUGGCUGUAAAACACUUAGGGUCUUGUCUCUUAAAAUGGUUUCAAAUCUUGACCUUAGGAUUCAUAUCAAGUACUAUACUGUAGUGCAGAUAAGUGGUUCCGUUGAGCACAGCUAUAUUUUAACAACUUUGUUGCCCUAGUGUGGUAAAUUGACCCAGAGGUGACCAUUUGUAACAAAUUUGAAAAAAUUUUUUCUUCGUUCCACUUUCAGAAGUAUUGCUUUUGUUAAACCCAAUGUUUAGUUUUUCUUGUGAUACAUUUUGUUAACCUGUGUAAAAGGAUUAAAUUUCAAUAUGGUUGUAAAAAUGCUAUUUUUAUGUGAAUUUAAGUGCAGCCACAUACUGUUUUUUAAACCAUGUUUUACCACUAAUUUCCCAAAGUUAAAAUAAAAUCCUAAAAGUAAAAAUCUAUUAGAAUUUACUGUAAGGCAGACUGUUAAAUGGUAGAAAAUUAUUUCACAUUUUAGGCACUGAUAUUUUGAGGUAUAUUAAGUUUAUAAUGCACUUCACUUGGAUGCCUUUUCCUUUUCAGGCAGCCUCAGUAGCACCAGAAUACAUUGGAAUUCCAGAACUAAGAUAUAUUUGUUUUUUUAAGAGCCACACCCGGGGCAUCUGGGAGUUCCAAGGCUAGGGGGUCACGUCAGAGCUGCAGCUGCUGGCCUACGUCAUAGCCACAGCAAUGAAGGAUCCGAGCUGCAUCUGCAACCUAUACCACAGCUCACUCGGCGGUGCCGGAUCCUCAACCCACUGAGCGGGGUCCAGGGAUCGAACCCGAGUCCUCACGGAUACUAGUCGGGUUUGUUACCUCUGAGUCACAACAGGAACUUCCUAUUUUGGAAUAUUAAAAGGCAUUGCUAAUUAUUUGGAAAGAUAUGGCCAAAGUAACCAACUCUACAGGCUCCAAGCUGUUGGGGGAUGCUGUUACUCAUUAAUGCUUUUUACUGAGUGGUUGGAAUCACAUGAUGCACCACACUUAUUAAUCUUAAGUAACAUUAUUUUGUAGACUGUUUAAAUGGUGUUUUUAGAUGAAGUGCGUUCUCUCUACUCAUUGUCUUUAAGUAUUUAGGGCUGAAUAGGCUUUAUGUAAUUCCUCGUUUCAUGGUAGAGUUUGAUCCUGUGCUUAAGUGGGUCCUUGUCUAUGGAGUUUUAAACUAUCAUUUGAAUGCUGUCGAGGAAUUUGAAUACUGUAUCAAUGAAGGACGUUCUUGUAAUCACAGACUUGCGUUGCUCAGGUUUCAUUGCUGUGUGAUAAAAGGUUUUUUCUCUAACUUGACAUUUUAAAACUAUUAAUUUUUUUUCCUAUUUCUUUUAUUGGUUAAGCAGUCUAAAAUUUGGAACAUUUUAGCACGGAGUCAGCAGUGAAGACUACCAGAUGAUUUUCUAUUGGAGAAGAGAAAGUUACUGUCUAAAUUGUGAAUUUCAGUGCUUUAUAAGGUGCCUUCAGAGUCAGCUUUUGCAUUAUAGGGGCUUGUUACAGUCCAGCUAAGAUGACCACUUACAGUUUAUACAGAACUCAUAUGUAUAAAUUAACAUUCUUAGGGUAUGGUUAUAUAUCCUUUGAAGAAACCCCUGUGAAGUAUUCUCUCCCCCCCAAAAUGGUGCGUAAUAUAAACAUGAAAUAUGUAGUUUGCAGAUACCAUUUAUUAAAUAGUUUGUAGUGUAUAAAUUUAGAACAUUUCUUUUUGACAAGGGGUGAGCUGAUUGCUAAUUUACCAUUAAAUUUACCAUUUAAUUCUGUCAGAAGCAGGCAAAACAAUUUCUCAUCUUGGAUAAUCAGAUGCAAAGUCAUCUAUGAACUUAGAGCUGAAGUUAGAAAUAAUAUAAAUGGCCCUUUCAACCUUGACCAGCUGAAAAUAUCUAAUAAAUUUUUUUUAAGUGAAAGUAUAUGAUUUUUCACACCUAGCUAUUUGAGAGUCUGGUGUUAAUGCAAUCUUUCUAGUGAGAAAUUGUUACUAGAAGCAUGGGAGUGAAAUAGUAUGAAAUGGUGAGUGCUUCAUCAUAUGACUGUAGGUACUUGGGCUGGUGCAAACUUGAUUCCCUUUCAUGGCCCUUUUUAGGAGCUGUUAAAAUAUUAUCACUGAAAAUCCAGUACCAUUUUUUAUUACAUAUACUAGGAAAUAGCCAGAUUCACUUGAGAGCUUCUCAACUUUAUGAAGCGCUCUCCUAUUCUAAUUGAAAUUUACUAGAGUUGAAUGUGGUAUAAAGCCACUUAGCCUGUGUGUUGGACAAAAAAAAAAUUAACAUCAUGAUAAAUUCCACAUGUUAAGAGAAUUCUUGUAGGCUUUUCAAAAUGUUUUAUUUUCAUUUAGGUUUAAGGAAUAUGUGUUAUGCAGGGAGGCAGAUGAGAUGAAUGUGUUGUAGCAGACAAUUUUUUAAAAUGGUGUUAGACUUGAAUUCAUCCAGUUAUUGUUUGAAUGAGGGUGGGUGGGUAGGAAGAUAACAAAAUUACUGUUAGUGUUUCUUUCCUUAAGGAAAAAGAUGUGAAUCCCAGCCUUAUUUCAGGGAAGCCUUUGAAGCUAUAUGAUGGACAUAAGUCUAAUUUGUAUGUAUGUUUCAUUACAUUGCUCUUAAGACUACUGAGGUGGCAGUUUAAUUCUUAAAAACAAUAAAAUGAAAGCAUAAAUACCA